AUGAGCUCCCCCAUCGGCAAGAGCCGCUCCCUUGCCGCCUUCCUACAGGAGCUGCGCAGCCUGGGGCAGCCCCCCAGACCCGUGACAUCUACGGCGUGCGCGCCCCGUCGGCCGCGGGAGGUGCCCCUCUGCCCCAUGAUGGAACAGGGCGAGGCGCAAGACGCGGCCGCCCUGCCCGGUCCCACCAAGUGGCCACUGCUGGGCAGUCUGCUGGAGAUUCUCUGGAAAGGAGGGCUCAAGAAACAGCACGACACGCUGGCGGAGUACCACGAGAAAUAUGGCAAGAUUUUCCGCAUGAAGUUGGGUUCCUUCGACUCGGUGCACUUGGGCUCGCCGUGUCUGCUGGAAGCGCUCUACCGCACGGAGAGCGCGUACCCCCAGCGUCUGGAGAUCAAACCGUGGAAGGCCUAUCGCGACUAUCGCGAGGAGGGCUACGGACUGCUGAUCUUGGAAGGAGAAGACUGGCAGAGGGUCAGGAGUGCCUUUCAAAAGAAACUAAUGAAACCAGUGGAAAUUAUGAAGCUGGACAACAAAAUCAAUGAGGUCUUGGCUGAUUUUACAGGUAGAAUAAGUGAGCUCUGUGAUGAGCAAGGCUGCAUUGAAGACUUGUACAGCGAGCUGAACAAAUGGUCAUUUGAAAGCAUCUGCCUUGUGCUAUAUGAGAAGAGAUUUGGGCUCCUUCAGAAGAAUGCAGGCGAUGAAGCUUUGCACUUCAUCAUGGCCAUCAAAACAAUGAUGAGCACAUUUGGGAGAAUGAUGGUCACGCCGGUCGAGCUGCACAAGAGCCUCAACACCAAGGUCUGGCAGGCGCACACUCUGGCCUGGGACACCAUUUUCAAAUCGGGUAACGUGGCCACAUGUACCCAGCAACCCUGUCUCCGGAGCUGCUGCCAGAAGACAGCAAACAGCUUAAUGUGGAUCCUCUUCAAUUUAUCUCGUAAUCCCCACGUGCAACAAAAGCUUCUUAAGGAAAUUCAGAGUGUACUGCCUGAGAAUCAGAUGCCACGGGCAGAGGAUUUGAGGAAUAUGCCAUAUUUAAAAGCCUGUCUGAAAGAAUCUAUGCGGCUUACCCCGAGUGUGCCAUUUACAACUCGAACUCUUGACAAAGCAAUGGUUCUGGGGGAAUAUGCUUUACCGAAAGGAACAGUAUUGAUGCUAAAUACCCAUGUGUUGGGGUCCAAUGAAGAAAAUUUUGAAGAUUCAAGUCAGUUUAGACCCGAACGAUGGCUUCAAGACAAGAAAAAGAUCAACCCUUUUGCCCAUCUUCCAUUUGGCAUUGGGAAAAGAAUGUGCAUUGGUCGCCGAUUAGCCGAGCUCCAGCUGCAUUUGGCUCUCUGCUGGAUCGUCCGCAAAUAUGCCAUCGUGGCCACAGACAAGGAGCCUGUGGAGAUGCUGCACUUGGGCAUCCUGGUACCCAGCCGACAGCUCCCCGUUGCUUUCCACCAGAGAUAGGAGGCCUCAGAUUUUUUCUUUUUUUUUACCAAGACCGCGAGCAGCAAUUUUUACCCUUUUGCAAGAAUGAGGCUUUGGGCUUCUGCAUGACAGGAAAGCACACAUCAAAACCCUGAGCGUGAAACAGCAUGUAAAGAACAUUUAGUCCCAGGUGUUUAUACUCUUUCUUCUGUACAAUUGUUCUAGAAGCUGUACUGUCUGUGUAGCUGAUGGUAUUUAUUAAGAUGGUAUCUGGCUCAGGGAAAGCAGAUUGUUGGAAUGCCAGGCACUCUACAGGGUAUACCGCCUGCUUACACAUAACCUACACGUAACUGACGUCAGCACCAUCCUGACUUACACAGAAUUGCUCAUCAUUCCUGUUUUCUCUUGUAUAGGGCAGUUGGGCACUUAUCCGUUGGUCAGGUAAAAGUCACUAAAUGGGGCUUCCCUGG